ACAGAUCUCAUAUGGAUAAAAAAAAACGAAUUGGGGUGGUGACCAGAAAAGCACAGAACAUGCAAUGUAGCUCAGCCUCACUUGGAAGCAUGGGGCUGAGGCUUGUUGAAAAGCAAGGGCCUCAGAGCCAGAAGAUGGUGAUCUUCGGAGCCAUCUUCCUCCUGAUGACCCUCCUCAUCCUCUUUAGCUCCAACAGCGGCAACGACAUCAGUCCCUUCUACAGUCCCUUCCGGGUGUCCUCGCCUCAUCACCCCAUCAAGGUCACUGACCUCAAGAAAUGGGCAGGGAAGGAGGGCUAUGUGGCUGUCUAUGGAAACAAGAGUCUGACCCUGCACUGCCACCACUGUGCCCUGGUGACCAGCUCCAGCCACGUGCUGGACAGCGGGGCCGGACCGGACAUCGACCGCGCCCAGUGUGUGAUCCGCAUGAAUGACGCCCCCCUGUCGGGGUUCGAACGUGACGUGGGGAGCCGGACCACCCUCAGGGUGGUGGCUCACUCGAGCGUGUUCAGGGUGGUUCGACGGCCAGCUGAGUUUCUCAAUCUAACAGACCACCAGGCAAAUUCGGCAGUCAUAUUCUGGGGACCACCCACCAAGAUUGGUAGAGAGGCUAAAGGAACACUGUACCGUCUGAUCCAGAGAGUCAGCAUGACCUACAGUAACCUAUCCAGCUUUACCAUCACGCCUAGCAAGAUGCACAAGUUUGAUACACUGUUUCAGAAGGAGACCGGGCGAGACAGAGCAAAGUCUCAGUCCUGGUUGAGCACCGGCUGGUUCACAAUGGUGAUUGCGAUAGAGAAGUGUGACAAUAUUAAAGUGUACGGGAUGGUUCCGCCCAGUCACUGUGGAAAAAAGCCCCAGCCCAAGAAGAUGCCCUACCACUACUAUAAACCCAGAGGCACAGAUGAGUGUGUGACCUACCUGCAAAAUGAGAGGGGUCGGAAGGGCCCCCACCAUCGCUUCAUCACAGAGAAACAGGUGUUUGCACGCUGGGCCAAGCAGUAUAACAUCACCUUCACUCACCCCACAUGGUGAGAUGACUGGUUCCUUCAACAAAGUUAGCCCAAGGUAUGAGAGGUGAUGCACACAUCUGGACCAGGGUCCUGGACAGUGCACGAAUACCCUUUUCACACUACCGGACCGAGCUGAGCCUAGCUGUAUCGGCCUGGUUGGCCAUCCACCAUACAGUAGUUGCUGGAACUGUGAUGUAAAGGACAACGUGAAAAGAAAAUAGAGCCAGCACGUGUAUGGUUCAGGUCGGCCCUAUUAUGUCAAUCGGACAAUAUUAAGUUGAAUAUACUUUAUUAUUCUUAUAGAACUACACGUUUCUGUGUCCCCUUCUCCAAAUGACAGCCAUUUCUGUAGCUCUGUGAUGAACCCGAGCUUGGUUUGUAAUUAUUAAUACAUUCUGAAUUAUUUUUGUUUAUUUUUUUGACAGUGCAAAAUCAACAUUUUAUGGGAUUUUGUAAAUAAGGUAUUUCCUGUGUUUGGCAAGGAAGUUUGAAGAGGGCAACUGCCAAAAUAUUUAUUGUAAAUAAACAAAUUAAUUGAUAUUUAAAGAUAUUUUUACAUGUUUAUAAUGCUUUUGUUAAAUGUCCUCAAAAGCACUCGCAUAACAAUUGAGGGAAGAUUGCUUUAAAACUUCUUGAAUAAUACAAUCUGCAGUAGUUACAUCCAUUUUUAAACUUGAAGAAUAUAACUUAAAUGGCUCAUGAGCUUAGUUCAACUUUCUUACCCCAUCAGAACUGAAAAUAUAAACUGGUUUUACUCCAAUGUUGGUAAACAACCUAAACGUAAACAAACACUGUAUACCCUCAAAGCACAAACUAUCAUUUUUAUAUUGUGUUCAGUCCUUGCAUCCAUAGCUCUAUGAAUGAGUGGUUACAUUUCUCCAUCCCUUAGCGAAACAGUGGAGGGGAGAACACUUGUUUCAACGCUUUAAAGGAAUUCAUUUGAGACCUUUAUAUGCUUACAGACAGUAUGGCUAAAGUUAAGUGACAUAUUUGUAGCAUUACCGUAUCCAAUCAAACCUUUUAUGGCUCAGUGUUAAUAUACCAACAUCAGAACACAAGCUUACAUUUAUAGCGCUGUAGGUUGGCUCGUGCCAAGCCAAUGGAUUCACACCAUGCCUGUUGAAUGUAGGGGUGUGUGAGCUUCUGUAAGGCAUUCACACAAAUGUGCUCUAUUAGAUAGCUAGUAGUUUUAUCCUGUCUAACCACGACACGGACAAACGUUGCCUCGUCGUCAUGUUUGACCCUUUACCUCUGACUUCCUGAGGCAGCUGUUUGAGUUUGAAUAAUUAAAAAUAAUGUAUUGCGGUAUUCAUUAGCAUUACUGAACAGAAUGUAUUGCAUUAUUUAUUGUUAGCAUUGUGUUCAGCAACUUAUUCUUCAUGUAUGUUCUGUAAUGCGUCUUGAGAACAAAUUACAUAAACUGAUGCAUAUAAA